UCCGACCGUCCAGCAGAGGCCGCCCUGGGCCGGGACUCCCGGGACGCGAGCGCCGUGCGAGGGGGAAGCCCGUCACGGCGUCGGGGCCGGGCUGGGAGGGGUUUGGCUGCGGCAGGCGCGGGAUGGAGCAGAAGCGCGCGGGGCGCCCGAGGAACCGCAGCUGAGCGCGCUCGCCUCCUACGGCCCCGACCGCCUCUCUCCGCGCUGCCAGCCCCGCGCGGGGCACCGAGCACCGCCUGCCAUGGUCGGCCAGACCCUCUGGGCCUUGUGCAUCCUCGCCGCAGGACUGAGGGUACAGAGUCUGCCAACGUCAGUGCCUUCACCUGUUUCUCUUCCGGCAAAGACAACCCCAUCCACAGUCCCCUGGACCAGCUCUCCACAAAGCCCUCCUGCGUCGCCCACCAGUGGCGCACCGAGCAGCUCUCUACCCCUUGUCACAGCAUCCACCCAGACGUCGCCACACCUGAAGAAUGUUUCUACAACGCUCAGAGAGGAGACCACCAGCCUGGUCACCCAGCAGGAGGUUACAAGCACAAACCCCUCUUCAACAAGUAGUGGUGUCCACUUAACAACAUCACCCGUGGAACACAGUUCAGGUGCUCCAGAAGCAAAUGUGACUACUCCGGGAGCUCAGUCCCCCUCUGAGACGCCCACACUCACCUCCCCUCAGGCUCCAGCCUCAUCAGCCUCACCCCUGUCAACCACAUCACCAGCGGUGUCUUCAACCUCCGUCAGCUCCAACCACAGCACCCCCGACAACAACACUCAGCCCACAGGUGGCCCCACGUCUCCAGAGCCCACAACACAGGAGCACAGCUCUGGGGCUACACCCUCCCCACAAAUCCCUGCUGAGACCGUGCCCACUACGGAGACGACACCUCAGACCACCACGCCAGUUGUAGUGACCAGCCUGAGAGAAGAGAUCCAGGUCACUACCACUUCCCCCGGGGUGAUUAUGCAGGAAGUGGAACAUGCGCUGAGUUCUGGCAGCAUCGCAGCCAUCACAGUGACAGUCAUCGCUGUGGUGUUGUUGGUGUUUGGAGUCGCCGCAUAUCUGAAGAUCAGGCAUUCCUCCUAUGGAAGGCUGUUGGAUGACCACGACUAUGGGUCCUGGGGCAACUACAACAAUCCUCUCUAUGAUGACUCCUAACAGGAAGGAGGCGUGUGAUGUGGAAGAACUGUUCUUUAUUUAUAAGUGCUUAUCCAGUAGAAUUCAUAAGUUCCUGAUGCACAUGAGCGACAAUCUUAAAGCCCUGUUUUGUUGGUAUGAUUGUUCUGUUUUCCUCCCUCACCUCUGGCUGCAACCACUUCCCCUUUCUGGUCCAAAGAGAAUCAUUCAUGGCGUGCGUAGGCUGAUUUGCGGCUGAAAUGGGCUGACUUGGAACGAGUCAGGCCAGACACCCCAUGGUGGAGACUUCUGCACCCUCCCCUCGAACCCACUUCGAAAAGGACCGAAGAAAGAUUUUGCUGUUUCAUCAGAAGUUACGUUUAGAAAGCGCUUUCUUUGUGGUAUUUCUCAACUCUUAAUUUAUGAAGUUUCAUUAAAGACCAACGCAGGAAAAUAAAAUGAGUACUUGGUAGGAUUUCACCCUGUCAGGAGUGAGGAAACUGGGGUCUCCAAUUCCUUUUGAAAUCUCUCUUGCACUGGUCAUGUCUGACAGGAUGCUGAUUGGUUCUACAAACCAGAAAGAAGCUUAGAGCUGUCCAAUUAAUGAAAGGAAAUCAGCAAAGUGCCCCCGAGAGAUGAGUGAGCCCAGGGACGGAGUAGCAGGAUGCUGUCACAUCUCAGCGUAACCUCUCCUAUUCCACCCUCCAUUCCACCUGUCCGCUAUGAGGCCAAUUCCAGUCAACCACAGUAGGAUCCCAGCCCACAAGCUUCAAGCAGAGCAGCAGUUCCACAGGAAGCAGCUAGGAUAAUGAGCUGAGUUACAGAGUUAAAAAAAAAAGGAGAGGCAUGUGGUACCACCACAGUGAGUGUGAGGAAUGAGAGAGAGUGGGAGGCAAGGGAGGGACAAGCAUGGGGUUGACCCUUAGAGAAACUGGGGAUCAGCCCUUCAUUACUGUCAGAGACAUGCAAUGCUGCUGGAGCCCACAAAUCUUAAUUCAUAUCCACUAAGUAACUGGUUCACUGCUGUGACACUCUAUAAUGGCUGUAAACUAUUAUAAAUGUUUUCCAAGGCACCAGUCACUCUUUAGUUGCUCAGAACGGUGUUCCAUAGGAGAAGGACUCCAUGAUAACACAUUUAUUCCUAUAAUAUAUUCCCCUCACUAUUUUUCUUUAAUAAAUAUUUGCCCUUGGGUAUAUAGUCUAAAAUUUUAUAACACAAUUUUGGGAAAAACUUUGUUUUUAGGGCAAUGGUUCUCAACCCAACAGUUAAUUUUUGCCCCUCUUCCUCCCAUUCCACGAGGAACAUUUGAAAGUGUCUGGUGAUGUUCUUAAUUGUCACAACCCGGGGGUUCUAUUAGUGGAAAGAGGCCAUGGAUCCACUAAACAUCCUGUAAUGUACAGAUAACCCAUCCCGCACAAUUGGCAAGUUUGAGAAGUCCUGAUUUAUUGUAACAUCUAUCCUGACAGAACAAGAUACCCACAGAGUAGUAUAUCUUUUUAUUUUUAAUUAAAUGAAAUGAUUCGUUAAGUGUCUGUCUUACAGUAUAUUGGCUAGUAGGUUGAUGGGGGCAUGCGUGGUCACCUUUAAUUUCUCUGUCUUUUCCCCCAAGAGCUUUAUUUCAUAGCUACAGCUGUCCCAGAACACCCAAGAUUAGCACCCAGCAUCUUACCUCCUAAUUUUAUGUAGUAGAAACAUGCGUUAGGUCCUGUUUCAGAAGGUGUAAUAUUUUCCUACAAUGUCAUAAAGAACUUAAAACUGGAUCAAUUUGUAUUUUGAAAUCUGGACCUGCUGUGACCCAACGAUCAGCAGGAAACCCCCGGUCUCGCCAUUCUGAGCCUCUCUGGUGUCAGACACACUAGGAUCAGUGUCAUAGCACAAGCUGCCACCCCAAACUGUGACAGAAACCAUUCCCAAACCCAAAGGAGAAUGAGCAACAGCAAGACAUGAUUUUACAACAAUAGUUGCAGGGAAUAUUGGGAAUUCUGAUAUCUCAGAUUACUGAAAGACAAAAGAAGAAUAUUCUCAGAAACACGAUGCUCCCUCUGGCCCCGCAUAGAAGGGACAAUUGCCUCUUCCCUAAGGGUAUUCCUUUCAUAGGCUUUCCAUUUGACAAAGGAUGACUCAAUAGAAACAAAACAUUCCAAUUUUUCCCUCUCUGACCAUAAAUAUUUUGACAAAUUGUCCAUGAAACACCUUUGGAGAGGUGCAGUCUGGAUGUUGCUAUAGUCAUAAAUACUGGGUCAGAGGGACUGGCCUCUUCCCAGGGAAUCCUGAAUGAUAACACGCACAGCCUCAGCGAGCAUAUUUCCGG